UUUCCUUUUUCCCAUCAUCCCUUCCACUCCAAUUUCCUCUCACAUCCGGCUUAUCGCUGCAGGUGCUACUGUUCAGAUCUCGUCUACCGUCGUCAUCAGCUGUCGUCGCUGCUGCUCCGUUCAUAACGGUUUCUACUUAUCACCAGAAUCAUGACAACAACAAUCGCCAAGUUUGCUCACUUACAAAUCCCACUUGAAGACGUACUAAACGCCACCAACAACUUUCAUCAUGAUAACAUCAUCGGACGCGGUGGAUUGGGACAUGUAUACAAAGGACAACUCCAGCGGUCCGGGGAGUUGAUCAAGAUCUCUGCGCUGAGGUUAGAUCGUAAGCACGGUGGAGGAGUCGUCGAGUUCUGGACCGAAGUUUCAAUGCUUUCUAAUCUCAAGCAUCCAAAUAUAGUCUCUAUUGUUGGAUUUUGUGAUGAACAACAUGAGAAGAUCAUUGUGACCACGUAUGAGGCCAAAAAUGGAAGUCUCAAAGAGCAUCUAAGCAACCCGAACCUCACAUGGACACAAAGAUUGAAGAUAUCUGUAGGCGUGGCUCAUGCGUUGAGUUACCUCCAUUAUGACGAGGGACGUGGCUAUGGUGUUAUACAUCUUAACAUCAAUAGCUCCACAAUUUUAUUAGACGAGAACUGGGAACCCAAGUUAUCCGGUUUUAAAGUUUCAAUCAAACAAUCACUUAACCGAAUGGACCAGGUCGUCCUUUCUGAACCUAUUGGCACAAUAGGGUAUUUGGACCCAGAAAUUGAAAAGUCCAAAGGGGUGACCUGCAAGUCGGAUAUCUAUGCAUUCGGUGUUGUUUUAUUCGAGAUAUUGUGUGGGAGGAGAGCAUAUAUUAGGAACGAUGCUAAUAGAUUACUAGCUCCAUUGGUCAUGCAACAUUAUGAAAACGACACGUUGCCAGAUAUAAUCCAUCCUGAUCUAAAGAAUCAAAUGUCCGGAUACCAAAUAUCCGUAAGAUCAUUCAGAACAUACUCAGAAACGGCAUAUUCUUGCUUAAAGGAAGAGCGAUCACAUCGCCCACAUAUGCUCAGUAUUGUUAAUAAACUUGAGAAAGCAUUGGAGAAAGCAUUGAGGUUUCAACCACGACCUGAAAAUUUUGGAAAUAACUUGGAACACUUGAAGAUUGAGCUUCAUGAUAUAAAGUUUGCCACCCAUAAUUUUUCAGACACAAAUGAAACUCUCUUUGGUGAUUGCUAUACUUGGUACCCAAUUGAACUCUGCCAUUUUGAUAAAGAAAACCCUUCUUUCAGAGAAGGGAUAAGUAAAAGUAAACUAUUUAAGAGACACAACGCAAUUGUUAUAAAGCGCUUCCUUCCUAAAGUUGACGAGCUCGAAGAAGAAUUAUUUUUCACAGAACUUGAAGUGCUUGCCAGUGCUAAGCAUCACAACAUAGUCACUCUAAUAGGAUUUUGUGUUGAAGGUUUUGAGAGGAUACUUGUCACCGAGAAAUUUUCUAAUGGAUCACUUGGUGAUUAUUUGGGUAACGCAAAAAAAAAUGCAUAAUUUGACUUGGGAAAAACGUUUGAAAAUCUGCAUUGACGGUGCGCACGCACUGAAUUACCUUCAUUAUGAGAUGGAUGAUAAAAAAAUGAUGAUACAUAGUGAUAUAGAUCCUUUUAGAUUUGGAUUGUAUGAGAAUUGGAGGGCAAAGAUCGAAGACUUUGAGUUGGCAGUAUUCCUGCCUCCAAAUCAAAAAGACGAAGCUCUAUGUAAAAGAACAUAUUUUAAGUCAACAUGGCACGUGGAUCCAGAAUAUGCGAAGACUGGUAAGCUAAAAAGAGAGUCGGAUGUAUAUAGCUUUGGAGUAGUUAUGUUUGAAAUUCUAUGCAGAAGAAAAGCUCAGGACCAAAUUUACCUUAAGCAGAGUGAGAAAGGGCUGGUUCAUGUUGCAAGACAAAACUUCUCCAAUGGGACAAUAGAGGACAUCAUAGAUCCUAUACUAAAGGAAGAAACCAGUAAACGGAGUCAUAGGCCAAUUGGAGGAGCCAAUAAGGAUUCUUUGUACACAUUUUUAAAAGUUGCAAACCAGUGUGUGGCGGAGAGUCAAGACCAACGUCCAACAUUGAAAGUUGUUCUUAAUGAACUUGAGCAAGCAUUGGUCUUUCAAGUAAGUCAGGAGGAGCAAGUACAUGAGCCAAAUAAGGACCAAAUUGUCGACGAACUUCAGAUAACAACUUUUCAAAUUCCUGUAAGACCUUCCUUUUUUUUGA